CGUGGCCCCUCCGCGCGAGUUUCCCCACGGCUCUCUUGCUCCACGCUGGCUGUCAAGAACCAUGGACUGUUUUUAUGUGCCCUGUUCGUUGUCAAGACACCAUGACGCCUGGUAACCGAAUGCUGAUGGUCAUUCUGGUAUGCCAAGUCCUGCUAGGCGGCACUGCCCGCGCCAACUUCAUCCCCGCCGAGACCGGGAGGAAGAAAGUGGCCGGCGGAUUGCUGCACCCGCGAGGAGGAGGAGGAGGAGGAGGCGGCGGCCGAGCCGAGGAAGGCGCCCCCCCGGGAACCUCCCGCCGCCCCUUCCCGAGCCAUGAACUCUUGCGCGGGUUCGAGGCCACGCUGCUGCAGAUGUUCGGCCUGCGCCGGCGGCCGCAGCCCAGCCGGGCGGCCGUGGUGCCUUCCUACAUGCUGGACCUCUACCGCCUCCAGUCCGGGGGGGACGCGGAGCAACUGCUGGAUCUGGGCCUCCAGUACCCGGAGAAGUCCACCAGCCGCGCCAACACCGUGAGGAGCUUCCACCACGAAGAAGACCUGGAGGCGCUCCCGGGCCCGCCGGGCCCCGCUCCCCGACGGCUCCGCUACUUCUUCAACCUCAGCAGCGUGCCGGCCGACGAGGCCAUCUCCUCGGCGGAGCUGCGCCUCUUCCGCCAGCGGCUGCCCGACGACGCCGAGGCGGCGGCGGAGGAGGCGUCGGCGCCGGAGCAGGGCUUGCACCGGAUCAACGUCUACGAGGUGAUGAAGCCCGUCGGGGAGGGCGCGGAGGGGGGCGGCGACCUGGCCACCCGCCUGCUGGACACUCGCCUGGUGCACCCCAACGUCAGCCGCUGGGAGAGCUUCGACGUCAGCCCGGCGGUGGUGCGAUGGACGGCGGGCGGGGAGCCCAACCACGGGCUGGCCGUCGAGGUGGUCCCGCUGCACCCCCCGCGGCAGACUGGCCCCGCCGCCGCCGCCCGGCACGUCCGGAUCAGCCGCUCCCUACCCCGGGGGGGCCGCCUGGACGCCGCCGCCUGGGCGCGCCUCCGCCCGCUCCUGGUCACCUUCAGCCACGACGGCCGCGGCCAGGCGCCCCUCACCCGCCGCCGCCCCAAGCGCAGCCCCAAGCACCACGACCACGGCGGCGGCGGCGCCCACCCGCGGCCGCGCAAGAGCAAGAAGAACUGCCGCCGCCACGCCCUCUACGUGGACUUCAGCGACGUGGGCUGGAACGACUGGAUCGUGGCCCCGCCGGGCUACCAGGCCUACUACUGCCAGGGCGACUGCCCCUUCCCCUUGGCCGACCACCUCAACUCCACCAACCACGCCAUCGUCCAGACCCUGGUCAACUCCGUCAACGCCACCAUCCCCAAGGCCUGCUGCGUCCCCACCGAGCUCAGCGCCAUCUCCAUGCUCUACCUGGACGAGUACGACAAGGUGGUCCUCAAGAACUACCAGGAGAUGGUGGUGGAAGGCUGCGGGUGCCGCUGAGCUGAGCCCUGCUGGGGGAGGCGGAGAACUGUCGCCCCGUCCAACAAGAACUCUCCAAGCGCGCCGGGAAGGGCGCAGUGGGUGGGAACCCCGCGGUGGGCAGGGAGAGGGGAACCAGCGGAGCCCCCCCCCCCAAAAAAACGGGCCGGUUUUCUCCUUGCAAAAGACAUGAGGGUGGUGAUCAUGACGAACUGUCUCUCUCUCUUUCACACACACACGCUCUGCCAGCAGAAGGAAUAAUUAUUAUUAAAAAGAGAGGGGGGGGAAAGGAACCAGUCCCUUAAUCCGUUCACCUUGACCUUAUUUAUGACUUAAAUGUGCAAAUGUUGUGACAAUAAGGAUCAUAUAUUUUGACAAAAAGUAUAUUUAUAACGACCGUAUUAAAAGA